AUGUGUUGCGAAAAUCAGCUGGCAGACGGGGACUUCGGUGCGUUCUCCAACGAGCGUCGAAUUUCAGUGACUUGGCAAGACAUUGAUGUGGGGCUGCUCGAUGAGAUGCUUGAGGCUCAAAGGGAGCUGGAAGAGGCGCUGGUAGAGGUCUGGGAGGGGACGUCGUCUUCCCUGAAAACCCGAGACGCGAUGGCCAACGGUGGCUUGAACGGCUGCAAAGGCUUCGCUUUGAUUCACGAGUCCGUUUUGCAACGUGCAGUGCUCGGCUCAAGGCGCCGGGCGGAAGUCCUGGCGGGGCAGGUGUGGCGGCACACCCUUGAGAAGGAGCUGGAUCUCUGGUGCUGCAACCACCUAGGCCUCUCUAAGGACACUUCCUGGGACACGCUCAAGCUCCAGGACAAGGACCUGGUGGGCCGAGAGGUGAUGAUCCAACACUCCCGGAGGAGGCCAGAGCUGAAUGGCCUACGCGCAGAAGUUCUCGAGCCAGGGGACCGCCCGGGCCGCUUGACGGUUCGAGUGCUUCGCCCGGAUCAACAGCCUGGCCGCAGGAUGUGCGUGAGCACCAGCCGGCUGGCGCUGUCCCGGCCCCUGUCCUGUGCGGGCGCUUCGGCUGUCCGGGCGAAGCCCUAG